AUGGAAGAAAGUUCUCUAAGGACAGAAGGUGGUGGACCUCAGUGGGUUAGUCCCAUCGGGUCUCUUCACUCACCCGGGUUCAUGGGUUUCAUGCCCAAAUUGUCAGCUUUGUCCUUGGAGAACAACACGUUCUCGGGCAUGAUACCGAUCCAAUACGCAUUCAAGACGUUGGUUCCGCACGCUUCUGAAAAUGGGGACAUGGAGACUCAGAUGGAAAUUGCACCAGUUGAGAAAUUGACUACCGAAAAUGCAGAACUUGAUGAGAAGGUGAAUGAAUUGUAUGUUGAACUUGACCAAAGGAUUGCUACAACCGAGCUGCCUUCAUCAGUUGGAGCCGGUGCAGUGGUUGGAGGAACUGACCUAUCUGCUUAUGUCACUGAAAGUUCUGCUAUUGGAUCUGAUCCAAUGGUUGGAACUGCUGCAAGGCAUGAAACUGCCCCUGCUGCAGAUCCCAUGCUUGAAGUCGGUGAGAGGAUGCCUGUAUCAGGUGAGACUAUGGAGUCCGUGCAAGAUGUAUUCAUUAAAGAUGAGAGAAAUGGUAGUGAUUCCAUGAAUGCCGAUUAUACUUCUGUGGUUCCAAACCCUUCAGAAACCAUCGAGUCAGAAGAAAUUGUGCAAAUUCCAUUGGAUGAGAGCGAAGUGCAGGAUACAGAUUCAGAGGCUGCUCAUAAUGAAGAGGAAGCUGAUGUGCCACUCUUAGAUGCUCCAUUGAUUGGUGCUCCAUUUCGAUUAAUAUCUUUUUUUGCAAGAUAUGUUAGUGGUGCUGAUUUGGUCGAUAAUAAGAGCUUUGUAAAUUCGGGGCGAUAGCUUCCUUCAUUAGUCCGGUUAUACAUUAUUGGGUCAAAUGACCCCCUUAUUUAGAUAUGAGCCACAGAGCCAGAAAGGAUAAACUAGUCGGUAUACCAUUUUUUCUUGGAUAGUUUGAUGCAGUUCAGUUGUUCCAAUGCAAACCCAGGUACGAUUACCGU